UUCAUUUUCACCAACAAUACUUCACAUAUUUGUCACUAGUACUUGAAGAGUGCAGAAAAAACAUGGCCGGAGUGUACCCUGCUCAAGCUUCUCAUGCAAACCCAUUCGCCGGGCUGAUCCCAUCCACAUUCCCUCCGGGCACGGAUCCCAGCGUGGUGGCAUGCUUUCAGUUGGCUGAUGCUGAUGGCAGUGGCUUCAUCGAUGAUGUUGAGCUCCAGAGGGCCCUCUCUUCUUGUGACCAGAAUUUCAGCUUCAGGACUGUUCACCUUCUCAUGUAUCACUUCACCAACUCCAACGCCAGGAAGAUUGGGCCAAGGGAGUUCACUGAACUGUUCUACGGUCUUCAGCACUGGAGGGCCAAAUUCGAGAGUUUUGACCAGGACAGGAGUGGGAAGAUUGAUGCCUCUGAGCUGAGAGAGGCCAUCAGGAGCCUUGGUUAUGUGCUCUCACCUGUGGUCAUGGACCUGCUCAUCUCCAAAUUUGACAAGUACGGUGGAGCUAGCCAGGCUAUUGAGUAUGAUAAUUUCAUCGAGUGCUGCUUGACUGUGAAGGGGCUGACUGAGAAGUUCAAGGAGAAGGACAGUGCUCUGUGUGGCUGGGCUAGUUUCAGCUAUGAAGAUUUCAUGCUCACUGUGCUGCCUUUCCUCAUUGCAUAGAUCAAUGGUGGAUUUCAAGUCUUCUGCUUUGCGUUGGGAACUCUGAAAAUGGUGCAUGGCCAGUUUGGCCGUAUUCAAUAAAGUUGUUUUAGCUCCAGUUGGCUCAGUUAUUGCUUUGUUACCAGCAUUUGUCUGUUUUCUGGAUGACUUUAAUUUCAUGCAUGGACUGCUACUCUUUGCAUCUUUAUCUAUUUCUCUUUAUUUA